GGGUUUGUGGUUUGACUUUAGCGGGAGAACGAGAGUUCCAAAGGUAGAGAGAGAAAUGGGUUGGGUCUGCAUCAGUAUCUUCUCCCCCUUUGCUUGGAAUCAUCACCUUUGUGUGGCUCCUUCUGCUGACGUACUGUUAUACAAAUGCUUUCUACUGCUACUUCUCCAAGAUCAAACCUUUUUUUUUCUUCUCUUCUGCUCCCACUCAUUCAUUUUCACCACUCAAAAUCUUUUCCCUACUUUACUACCUGCUCUGUUCAACUUCUAUUUUUUCGUCUUUUUUAUAUUAUUAUUUUGGGGUUAGCAAUAGCAUGGACUAGGGUGGGGGGACAUUAUAGUAAACAGCUAACAGUGGAGUGUGCAAACUGCAAACAAAUCAAAUAAAAAUAAUAAAAAAUGAAAACGCAAGUUGGGUAUCUUCAAGAAUCUUUACAUGUCCAGUUAUUCAAAUUCUCUUUCUCCUUCUCAGCUUUACUUCACCCAGCUUCCUUCUGCUGUUUUCCUUUUUCAACAAGGCUGGAAUCUUUAUCAUCUGCAGCAAAGUGUAGUGUUGUUGGGAGAGAAUCUUUCUGAGCACUGCUACAGUUUUUCGGUCCAACUUCUUUCUUUUUUUCGCUCCCUCCUUUUUGAUCAUGGUUUAGAAGGGGGUAUAUAUUCUAUUUCUACGCGGGUGUAAAAAUUUCGGCUCGGUUCUGCAAAAAGUCACCACUGAUGUUAUUUUGACUCUGUUGAGAUAUUCAGUAGAAAAGAGAACAUCAUUCGUUGGCAAGAUAGAAAUAUAGAGAUAUAUAUAUAUAUUCUGCUGUAGUAGACAUUAUUGACAACUUUGGGCAGAGGACAAGGUUUGAGGAGUGAAGACAGAUAUUAUCCAACCCAAUCCUGGUUUGUUCUCUUUUGACAAGACAAGAAUUUUGAGAUCUGUUUGAGAGCUGAGGCUUGCGUUGUUUUUGUUGAAGCAGCCACCCAUGAUGAGAGAUGGUGGUGUGACAUCAUCAUCUGCUUCCAUGAUGGAAGCUCCACCACCAGAUGGAACAAUAACAACAACAACAAUGGAUUUUGACUACAUGGGUGAGCUUUUCUUAGAUGGGUGCUGGUUGGAAGCCUCUGUUGAUGGAUCUGACUUCUUGCCGCAAAGUCCUUCCUUUUCCAAUCCCCUCUUUGACCCUUCAUUCUCCUGGCCAGCCUUGGAGACUAACCACGAUGAAUCCCAGGGUGCUGCUUUUGGAACACAACAAGAAGGCCACAACAACAACAACAACAUGGUUAAUGUUGUUGUUGGUGGUGGUCAAGAGUUGCAGCCUGAAACUAUUACAACUGAAGGAGCAUCCGAAGGGGUGAGAAGAUGGAGGUUUGCACCCACACCUGCUCCUGCACCUGGACCUUCCAUAAUGGAGAAGCUAAUAAGGGCUCUCAUGUGGAUCAAAGACUACAAUAGGAACAAAAACAUGCUAAUACAGAUAUGGGUGCCGGUUCAUAGAGGGGGUAGACCGAUUCUCGCAGCUAAUGAUAUUCUGUUCUCACUCGAUUCAAGGUCUGUAAACCUUGCAAAGUACCGCGAAAUCUCUGUGAGGUACGAGUUUUCUGCGGAGGAAGGUGAGGUCAAGGAGUUGGUGCCAGCAGAGAAAGGUGGCUCCAAGGAAUUGUUACCAGGAUUACCUGGUAGAGUGUUCAGAGACAAGGUUCCUGAGUGGACUCCUGAUGUUAGAUUCUUUAGGAGUGACGAGUAUCCGCGAGUUGACCAUGCUCAAGAGUAUGAUGUGCGUGGGUCACUAGCAGUACCAAUCUUUGAGCAAGGCAGCAAGAUGUGCUUGGGAGUUAUUGAGGUUGUGAUGACUACUCAGCAGAUCAACUAUACUCCUGAACUUGAGAGUGUUUGCAAAGCACUUGAGGCUGUUGAUCUUAGAAGCUCAAAACAAUUAAGUAUUCAUAAUGUGAAGGCAUGCAACAGGUCCUACGAAGCUGUACUACCUGAGAUUCAACUGGUGUUGAGAUCUGCAUGUGAAAUGCAUAGAUUACCUUUAGCUCAAACUUGGAUCCCAUGUGUCCAACAAGGCAAAGAGGGAUGCCGGCAUUCAGAAGAUAAUUAUCUACUUUGUAUAUCUCCUGUGGAGCAAGCUUGCUAUGUUGGUGAUCCCAAAAUCAAGCCUUUUCACGAGUCUUGCACUGAACACCACUUGUUGAAGGGUGAAGGUGUUGCUGGGGGAGCUUUUGUCACCAACCAACCAUGUUUCUCAGAUGACAUAACAUCCUUAAGCAAGAAAGACUAUCCACUGUCUCAUCAUGCAAGGUUGUUUGGAUUGCGUGCUGCUGUUGCCAUACGCCUUCGAAGCAUCUUGAAUGAUACGGAUGACUUUGUUUUAGAGUUCUUCUUGCCUGUAGAUUGCAUUGACAGUGAAGAGCAGAGAAAGAUGCUCACAUCAUUGUCCAUCAUUAUACAAAAGCUUUGUCACAGCUUGCGGGUUAUAAGUGAUAAGGAAUUGGAGGAAGCUAACUUGUCAAUUGAUGAAAUGAUUUCCUCUGUAGAGGGUGGAUUUGAUAGGACUGUAAUUUGUGAGGAACUUCAACAUAAAGGGACGGUUGCCUCAUUGGAUACUGAAGAAAAAAUAAGUGAAACAACUGGUAGAAAGUUCUCUGACCCAAGGCAGCAGCAAGAAAGUCCUAUUUUAAAAGGAAACUUUGACUGUGUCAGGGAGUGUUCUACUUCUGUUCAGGGUAACUUAUCAAGUGUGAGAAUGAGUAAAAUGGGAGAGAGAAGACGGGCCAAAGCAGAGAAAACUAUCACUUUGCAAGUUCUUAGACAAUAUUUUGCAGGAAGCUUAAAAGAUGCUGCAAAGAAUAUCGGUGUGUGUACUACAACCUUGAAAAGGAUCUGCCGGCAACACGGGAUAAAGCGUUGGCCCUCCCGAAAGAUCAAAAAGGUUGGUCACUCCUUACAGAAACUUCAACUUGUGAUUGACUCGGUUCAAGGUGCCUCUGGGGCAUUUCAAAUCGAUUCCUUCUAUUCAAACUUCCCAGAACUAGCUUCUCCAAACUUAUCAGGAACAAGCAUGUUCUCAACUCUGAAUCAAACUGAUAAUCCAAACUCAAUAAGCACGCAGCCAGAUCCUGGCUCAUUGAGUCCAGAAGGCACAUCAAAAUCUCCCUCUUCCUCCUGCGGUCAGAGUUCCAUUUCAAGCCAUUCCUGCUCCAGCAUGUCAGAGCUACAGCAGCAGCAUCACACAACCAACAUUGCAGGUAACAAAGAUUCCACCAUGGCUGGUGAAGAUUCUGCAGAUGUCGCGCUGAAGAGGAUCAGAAGCGAAGCAGAGCUUAAAAGCCUGAAUGAGGAUAAAGCAAAGCUCUUGUCAAGAUCACUGAGCCAGGAAACACUUGGUGAGCACCCAAAAAACCAGUAUGAACGACCCUUAUUGAAAACAAGUAGCAAGGUGGAUGCACACAGAGUAAAAGUCACAUAUGGUGAUGAAAAAGCUCGGUUUCGGAUGCCCAAGAACUGGGGCUAUGAAGAUCUUGUGCAGGAAAUUGGUAGGAGAUUUAAUGUGAGUGAAAUGAGCAAAUUUGAUGUGAAAUACUUGGAUGAUGACAGUGAGUGGGUACUACUCACUUGUGAUGCUGACUUAGAGGAGUGCAUUGAUGUUUGUCGAUCUUCUGAGAAGGCCACCAUCAAACUAAGCCUACAAAUUUCUAGUCAUAGUUUGAGAAGUUCUUUAGAAUUUAGAUAACAGAUUGAUUGUAAAUCAUAAGAUCCUUUUUCAUGUAUGUGAAUCAGUCUUAGAGAAUACAUAAUUCUUUUUUUGUGAUUAUUUUAGCAGAAUGUAAGGAUAAACUUCCUUGUGCUCUAAGCAAUAAUCAGAUUCUGAUAUGUGAUAUUUAAUUCUCGUUGAGUUGUUCCAGUUAGAAUUGAGUUGAUUCUACAAAAUUGAUUUGAAACGAGGUUUGCAUGUA